UCCGGAAAGAUUUACCCUGAAAAUGUAUCUCUGCAAACGUGUGCGGGAAUUAUUUGCGGUAAUUCUCGUCAUUGAAUAUUCACUGUGUGACGUGAAUGAACCGAGAUGUUACAGCCGGUUUGACUACGACGAGAAAAUGUUGGAAAAAAUGGUGAAAAAUGAAAUCAAGAUGGAGGAAAUUCUCGCCAAAUUAGAAGUGCUGGAAAAAAGACAAACCACCGUUGAAACUAAGGUGGACAAUUCCGUAAAGGAAACACACGGUCUGGCAAAAAAACACGACGAUUUGAAAACUGAACUGGACAAUUCAAAGGCUGCCGUGAAAACAUUCGAAAACAUGACAAAAGCUGAUAUUGACGGUCUGGGCAAAUCAAUCGAGAUGAACGUUCAGCGUCUCGACUCUAUGCUUACAAAUAUUACAGAGAGUAAGCAUCAAGCUCCAGUAUCCUUCUUCGCCAAGGUUUCAUCCGCCUUUACAUCAUCUAGCAGACAGACGCUAGUGUUCGACUCCGUGAUCACAGACGUCGGCGGCGGUUACAAACCGGAAACAGGCGUGUUCACCGCCCCGGCCGACGGCUUUUACGUGUUCUCCUUCACUGUCAUGGUGCGAUUGUCCCCGUCGGAGAGUAGAGCUGACUUUUAUUUGAAGAAGAACGACAAUACUGAAAUGUGGUUUAUUAUAAAUGAAAAUGACACUGUUUACGAGACGACUGCUGGAACUGGCCUUCUCUCCCUGAAGGUUGGAGACACAGUUCACGUUACAUUGGAAACUAGUGGACGGACUAUUUAUGGCUCAUACACGUUCUUCUCCGGUUUUAAGUUGUAGUUUAUUUAGAAACUUACAUUUAGUGCAUUGAAGUGCUCUGAUAUAUAAACUACGUCGUAAAAGAAUAAUAUAGACACUGGUUUUGUAAUUGCAGUCAGGAACAAAGUGUAAACCUAAGACCUUAUUGUAACUGAAAAGCCAAUACGACAUACGAAUAGACGUUUGAGAUGGUGUAUAUCGUUGCCUUAUUGGUUGUUCAAUAAAAUGAAAAAUAUUUUGAAUAUAUUCAA